GUAUUUUCACGUUCAAAAAAUUAAGUCGAACAAAAAGUUCAUUUUAACAUAGAAUAAAAUAUCGCCCUGGUCUAUACUCUUUUACUACCUAAAGAAAAAGAGAAUUAGGAGAACUAGAAGUUUAAGCAUCAUGCAGUCGAUUUAUAAAGUCUAUACAACCGUCUGUAUCUUUCAUCUGUUGUGCUUCCAAGUGGAAUUAUUUUCAUGUCAAGACACCUCUACUAACCACCAUCGAGUGAAACGAAAAAUCGAACAUUCUUUUGAGACCAAGCAUAUUGUUGCCUUAAAGCAUACGACGAGAAUUGAUGUUCCAACAUUAAAAUUUCACUUACGCGGAUCCCUGUUCGCAGAGGCGAACAGAGACAAGCACACUGUCAUAAUUGUUCGUGUAUUUGCCACACAAGAUAAAGGGUCAAGAAGAAUGACUUUCAUAGCAAGACUAAAUAAUGUAAUUUCUGCAAAACUGAAAAACAAAGAUUGUAUAAUGAGGGAAUAUAACCCUAGAAGAAGACCAAACACUUGUUCGAAUCCAAGGAAUAUCGAAUAUUAUCAUUGUAGAGUUUAUAUGGAUGAAGUUGAAGAAGGGAUAGAUAUGGUUGAGUUCAAUAUCCGGAAUCAGAACGAUUGCAGACUUUCGGACAAAGGAUGGUUUACCGUUGGUGUUAGAGUCGACAAGACGAGAACAGGGGUCCAAGCAGGGACUGAAUGGUUUUUUGUUGAUCAUAUGCAAAGUUCAAUGUUAUUUGAUGGAAACAGCUGUUAAUCACACUAACACUGAUAUCUAUUUAUAAAUAAAACCAGCAAAGUCAAAGAAUUGUGGUCCCCUGGUUUCGGUGUC